UUUCUUUACCUGCCUGAGUUUGCCUCAGAUUGAAACCGAGGAGAAAUAAAGAAGCACAAGCAAGCUUCCUUUUUCGGAAAGAUUCCAGCUUUAUUUCACUCUGAACAGAGAAGAACAAAAAUGAGCUCGGCCGUGCUCUACAACCCAAUCAAUUUCUCAUCUGUAGCAAUAGUUUCGAGAACCCAUUUCCCCUUUCUAAUUCCCAAGGAUUCUCAAAAACCCCAAAUCAGAAACCAGGAAAACGGGCCAAUUUUCAAGAAACUCAGCCGGGCCGUGAGGGCCGGCUUAGCCGGAGCUCCGGGAAAAUCCGGGCCGGCCUUAGCCGGCGAGAACUCAAACCCGCCGGCCGAAAAGAAGCUUCGGGUCUUAGUGGCCGGCGGUGGGAUCGGGGGGCUGGUUUUCGCGCUGGCGGCGAAAAGGAAAGGUUUUGAGGUGGUGGUGUUCGAGAAGGACUUGAGCGCCAUUAGAGGAGAAGGUCAGUACAGAGGCCCGAUUCAGAUUCAGAGCAAUGCUUUGGCUGCUUUGGAGGCCAUUGAUAUGGAGGUUGCCGAGGAGGUUAUGAGCGCUGGGUGCAUAACUGGCGAUAGGAUUAAUGGCUUGGUUGAUGGGAUUUCUGGAAAUUGGUAUGUCAAGUUCGAUACAUUCACUCCUGCAGCCGAACGUGGGCUCCCAGUCACCCGAGUUAUUAGCCGCAUGACGUUGCAGCAAAUCCUUGCUCGUGCGGUUGGCUCAGAUACUAUUAUGAACGAAAGCAAUGUAGUUGACUUCAAUGAUGAUGGUCAAAAGGUUUCGGUGAAACUUGAAAAUGGUCAAUGUUUUGAAGGAGAUCUUCUUGUUGGGGCUGAUGGGAUAUGGUCAAAGGUAAGAAAGAAUUUGUUCGGUCAAACUGAAGCCGUAUACUCUGGCUACACUUGCUACACGGGAAUUUGUGAUUUUGUUCCUGCCGACAUUAAGACAGUUGGGUAUCGAGUAUUCUUGGGCCACAAGCAAUACUUUGUUUCCUCAGACGUGGGAGGUGGGAAAAUGCAGUGGUACGCAUUUUACAACGAGUCACCCGGUGGAGUUGAUAUUCCUAAUGGUAAAAAGGAGAGGCUGCUCAAGUUAUUCGGAAGUUGGUGUGAUAAUGUUUUGGAUCUAUUAGCCGCAACAGAUGAAGAUGCCAUUCUUCGUCGUGACAUAUAUGAUCGGACUCCGAUAUUUUCGUGGGGAAAGGGUCGUGUGACGUUGUUAGGUGACUCGGUUCAUGCUAUGCAGCCAAAUUUGGGUCAAGGUGGAUGCAUGGCUAUUGAGUUACGGGUUGCUAUAAUUCACGGACUAGCAAGGAUGGCUGCAAUGAUGGCAUCAACUUACAAGGCAUAUCUUGGUGUGGGACUUGGCCCACUAUCGUUCUUGACUAAAUUUAGAAUACCACAUCCGGGAAGAGUAGGGGGAAGGAUUUUUAUCGACAUUGGCAUGCCCUUGAUGCUAAGCUGGGUUCUUGGUGGUAACGGUUCGAAACUCGAAGGAAGAGCACUACAUUGUCGACUUUCUGACAAAGCCAAUGACCAGUUAAGGACAUGGUUUACUGAUGAUGAUGCUCUCGAACGAGCUCUUGAUGCGGAUUGGUUUUUAUUUCCGAUUGGAGAUUCAACGGCAGCAUCUGAAACUAUAUUCCUUUGUCGAGAUGAGAAGAAACCCUAUGUAAUUGGUAAUGAAGGCAGAAGGCAUCGUGUAACCCCCAAUCUCCCUACCCGUUUUCACCCUACGGAUACCAUUGAAUUUGGGUCGGAUAAGAAGGCAGCAUUUCGUGUGAAGGCUAUGAAAUUCCCGCCCAAGACAACUAAGAACAUGGAUGAAAAUGAAGUUCUGCGGACAGUAUAG